AUCUGGUCAUGAAACCAUGGCUGAAGUCCUUAGGUUUUAGUUGUUCUCACCUAAUAGAUGUUGUUUCUGUCAUGUUUUUGAUGUUUCUAUGUUGUCGGCUUUUUUAACGGAACGACUUCUUAUGAUGUUCAGGUAUAAGAUUGAAAUUGAGGUUACUCACGGGGGCCAAAGCUGCAAUUUUGUCUUCUGGAACAGAGAAUGUGAAAUGCUGUUGGGUUUAUCUGCAUCGCAACUUCGUAACACUAUGAUUCAGGCUGGAAUUACUGAUCCAUUGGACUUUCCGUUAGCACUUGAUCAGUUGUUGAAGUUGGAAAUGGCUAUGAAGGUUAAGUGGCAUCCACGCUGGAAGAACUGUUCCGUCGUUAUGAUUAUAAAAAAUGAUCCUAUUAUCCAGCAACUUAAGGAAAAAUGGGGAACAGAUGAGGAACCUAUUCCAAUCCAAACUGUCGUACCUGAUACUCUGGAGAUUAAAGAGAGUGUUGAUGAAGCUAAAACAGAUGCCAAUGAAGACUGUGAAUUGGUUACAGACCUGGAAAUUACAUCUGAACACAAGCCGGAUGCUGUUACACCUGGUGGUAAGAGACAUCUUCCUGCUGCAUCAAGUGAAUCUAUUGAUGGGGAACUGUCAUCAAACAAGCUGAAGAAGAUAAUUAAAAUGGAGAAGAUUGAUUAGGAAUAUUUUUAUUUUGUGUGUGUUUU